GCACCGCCCCCGCGGAGCAGCGCGGCGAGAGGCGCGGAGCGCGGAGCCCUGAGAGCCGCGGAGAUGCUGAACUCGCCCUGGGCGCGUUUCUAUUCCAACAGCUGCUGCCUCUGCUGCCAUGUCCGCACCGGCACCAUCAUCCUCGGCGUCUGGUACCUGAUCAUUAACUCGGUGGUACUGCUGAUUCUGCUGAGCGCCCUGACCGACCCUGACCAAUACCACCUCACCAGCGCUGAAUUAGGGGGUGAAUUUGAAUUUAUGGAUGAUGCCAAUGUGUGCAUUGCCACAGCAAUUUCUCUACUUAUGAUUCUGAUUUGUGCAAUGGCUACGUAUGGCGCAUAUAAGCAACAUGCGGCUUGGAUCAUCCCUUUCUUCUGUUACCAGAUCUUUGACUUUGCUCUCAACACAUUGGUUGCCAUCAGUGUACUCGUCUAUCCCAGCACAAUUCAAGACUACCUUCGCCAGCUGCCCAGCAACUUUCCUUACAAGGAAGAGAUCAUGUCUGUGAACCCUACGUGUCUGGUUGUGAUUAUACUCCUUUUCAUAAGCAUCAUUUUAGCUUUUAAGGGUUACUUGAUAAGCUGUGUGUGGAACUGUUAUCGAUACAUUAAUGGCAGAAACAACUCAGAAGUGUUGGUGUACAUUACCACCAAUGACACUGCGGUGCUGUUGCCACCAUAUGAUGAUCCUGCAAACGGAGCUGCUAAAGAUCCACCACCACCUUAUGUGUCAGCAUAAGUAAGAGGGAGCUCCGCACCUAGGGAGGAUAGCUUUACUUUUCAGAUAUCGGAGCAAUAGUUUGAUAAUUUCACUUUCAUGUUUCAACAUCUAUGGGUUAUACACUGCUGUUCUGCUGACAUAUUGAAACCUAAAUUUUAUGAUUAAAAUUCUGUAGAUAGUUUUAAUAAUUUGCUGCAACUACAGCUGUGUGCUGAACUAGUUUCAGAGCAAUCCUGGGUAGCGAUAAGGUUACAGUAGUCACUGAAUAGCUUUGACCACUUGCAGUCAUAGAGAGUAUAGGACUUUGCAUUAUCAAACAGGUCAGACAGGUUCAGAGUAAUUUCCUUUUUUCCCCCUUAAUUUAUAAAAAUUCCAAAGCAUUACACCAUUUUUCUCAGAUGCCCAAUUUGACCUUCAAAACACAGACCAAGUUCAAAAAGUGACAGCUUCAUUCCCGUUCUGCAAAAAAAUUAUUAUGCUACAAAAGAUGAUUAUUGCAAGGAGUUUUACAUUUUAUUCUCACCUGGCUAGUAAAAAGCAAAUCUAGUAGGGAAAAAUAAGAACAGAAAGUCAGAGUACACAUAAUACUCUGUGAUGUCUAGCAAGUCGGAACCAGAACAAGUGGUCCAGCAGGACUUACUUUGUCCCAGCCUGCAACUAUUCUAACAUUCAGAACAAAACUUCUUAGCAACUGGUGAUUUUCUCUUCCUGCCUAUGCCCCCUUUUCCUCUCUAGAAACUUCUCAGAUAGUACUUUGAUGUCACAAGAUCCUUGUUUUUAAAGCCCCAUGGUUAGGUGACAAAGCUGCAUCUUUCACACUCAAUAUGCAAAUGUUUUCCCAUUGGAAUGUGCCUGUAAAUAUUGCAGUGUUCUGUUGAGCGUGAAGUAAAUUAUACAGAUUCUAAGAUAUAUGCUCCCAACCGAUGGGAAACUUAUGCAUGUAACUUCCUUUAGCAUUAGCAGAUAUUUUUAGUGUAUUUCUCAUGUACACCAACGUGGGGAUUUUAGAUUCCUUUUAUAACUGAACUGGUAACGCUGAGAAUCCUUCUCACGAGUCUCAUCCAUCUAUGAAUGUUUGUGUGAGGUAUUUUUUUGUUCCCCAGAGAAGUGCCUCCUGCACAUAUGACCUUUUUUGUUGUUGAUGAAGGUUCUACUUUUAAUUGAAAAGCAUCAGGGCAAGGAAAUAGAAUGUGUGUCUCUAUCUCUCACCACUCCUCCCUGUGGUGCCUCCUCUCCAUCUAAGGUGAUCGAACAGGCUGAUGCCACUGUGGACAGGGAAAGGGCAGUGCAGAGGUAGACCACAGUUUGGAGGGGCACCAGAAGGACCCAAUGUGCCAUCUCCCUGCGACCCAAGGUGCUGGCACAGGAUCCCAUGCCCUUUCCAAGGAGGACACCCGUUCUCACACUCAGUGCAUUGACUCCAUUCUGCAGCCCAAAGGAGAGUGGAGCUUUUCCUGCCUUUUUCUGGAAGAGAGCUUUCCAGGGGAACACAGGACCAACAGCUUCUUUUCACAGAGGUUCUCACUGUGACCUGUCCUUGCAUAAGUCAUGUAAGAAAGAAUCAGACUCUUUUACCACACCUCUGGGAAACGCAGGUUCCAAUCUGCCUUUUGGCAUUUUACAUUGUGGUUUGUUCACUCUGGGAUCAAAAUAAACAAUGAUUUUGACCAAACACAUCCUGAAGUCCAUCCAUUGAUUUCUGUCACAGCCCUAUUGCUUCCAUCAGAAUAACUCCAUUUAUAAUUAUCUCACUGCAGUUAUCUUUGGGAAUUUAUCUGAAUUUGAGGGUUGGCUGGCUGGUUGGGCUUCUGAGCUUCAUUUUCUUUCAUUCUUGACAGAUUUGUGAAGGAUUUUAAUAGCCAUCUGUUUGAGAAAAGCUGGUUGUAAAUACAUCACAUCUGUGUAUACAAACUUCUCUACAAUAAAGGGGCGUUUCCUCAA